CCUUCUCUUUAGUUCACUAACUCCUGUCUUCACUCUUCACUCUUCAGUUCAUAAACAAAAAGAGAAAGGAACACCCAAAAAAAAAAAAAAGAAAAUAAAAUAGAGAUUAUACCAUAUUUUAUAUAAAUGAUAUGGAUAUGCAAAUUGCGCUGCCUGUUAUUGGAAUUGUUGCUGCUGCAGCUGUGACCUUCUAUGCUGUAAGCUUCUCUGAGAUUAGAGAGAAAUCAUUUAGAGAGUUGGAUGAAUCUGAAUCCGAAAAUGGAGGCUAUAAGCCAACACCAAGCUCUAGAGAGAGGAGAGCUAGAAGACAAGCUAACAAAAAUUCCAAACCCUAGCUUAAUUAGUAUUACAUAAUCCUUACUUUGCUGCCAAUUGCAGGUUUACGCCACCGUCUUUUAUUAUUAUAAUGGGAUGAUGAUGAACUUGUCGAUUGUUUGGUUGCCUUUCAUUUUCAAUUUCGUGUUUCACUACAUAAUAUUAAUUGCUAUUUAAUAUUUAAUAUGAUGCUUCAACAGCAAUGAACCCCAAGUUUAGGUUUGCCGGAAAAUCAAAAGCACCGUGUUCGUGGUUUUAUAAUUUUAUUCGAUGAGAUAUGUUUAAGUAAUGAAUAUUGAAUAACAGAGUUUGUGUGAUUUUUAAUAAUAUUGGACUUCAAACUUUGCUG